AAUGGGGGCGGGUCACGUGGCGCGUGACGUCACGCCCCCGUGGCGCGCCGAGCUGGGCCGUGGCGCGCCGCGCCGCGCCGGGCGGACAUGGAGCCGGGGCCGGGGCCGGGGCCGGGACCGGGACCGGGGCGCUGGGGCCCGGCCGCCUGCGUGCUCACGGGCGCCUCGCGGGGCUUCGGCCGCAGCCUGGCGCGGCUGCUGGCGCCGCGGCUCGGCGACGGCUCGGUGCUGCUGCUGCUGGCGCGCUCGGCGGAGCCGCUGGCCGAGCUGGCGGCCGAGCUGCGGCGCGGGGCGGCGGCGCUGCGGGUCGAGUGCGUCCCCGCCGACCUGGGCACCGAGGAGGGGCUGCGGCGGGCGGCCCGGGCCCUGCGGGAGCUGCUGCCCGCCGCCCCGGCCGCCCGCCUGCUCCUCAUCAACAACGCCGGCUCGCUGGGAGACAUCUCCAAAUCCUUCGUAGAUCUCACUGACCUGCAUGAAGUCAACAGCUAUUUUGCCUUCAACGUCAGCUCGGCGCUUUGUCUCACCUCCACCGCCCUGGAAGCCUUCGGGAAGCGCCCCGGCGUCAGCCGGACGGUGGUGAACGUCUCUUCGCUCUGCGCCCUGAAGCCCUUCAAGAACUGGGCGCUGUACUGCAGCGGGAAGGCCGCCCGCGACAUGCUCUUCCAGGUCCUGGCGCUGGAGGAGCCCGACGUCCGCGUGCUCAACUACGCGCCGGGUCCUCUGGACACGGACAUGCAGCUCUUGGCCCGGACUCAAACCGGGGACCCCGAGCUGCGUCAGCACCUGCAGGGCCUCCAGGAGAGCGGGCAGCUGAUCGACUGCGCCGUGUCGGCCCAGAAGCUGCUGAAGCUCCUGGAAGAGGACACCUUCCGCUCCGGCGCCCACGUGGACUUCUACGACGUCUGAGCCGCCGGCCCCGCGACUCGCCUUCGCGCUUUGCUUUGUGCUCCUGUCCGCCCAGCUGCGCGUCUGGUGCCUCCCGUCUCUGCCGCGUGCUCGCUGCUCUCUGGGUGCCUUAGCAGUUCUCGUAGCACCCCGAGGUGCACGGGGGAAACCACUGCUUCACCGUGUCCUCAGCGCUGUCUACGCUGGUCUACAGUCAUUAAAAAUGUCACGUCUGGUCUGGGUGGCCUGCCGUGCGCGCCAUCCCGUGCCCGCUC